AUGCUGGAAGGUCUCGUCGCCGGGUUGCUUAACCGCUUCCUCGGCAUGUACGUCCAGAACUUCGACCCAACCCAGCUCAAGGUCGGCAUCUGGUCGGGCGACGUCAAGCUGCGUGACCUCGAGCUGCGCCGAGAAGCACUCGACCAGCUCAAACUCCCCAUCAACGUCGUCGAGGGCCAUUUGGGCCAACUGACCCUCACCAUUCCCUGGUCCAACCUCAGCGGCGCGCCCGUCAAGAUCUACAUCGAGGAUGUCUUUCUGCUCGCCUCGCCUAAGGAGGAGGCCGCGUACAACGAGGAAGAAGAGGAGCGCCGCAAGCAGCGGCUCAAGAUGGAGAAGCUGGACUCGGCCGAGCUGCUCAAGGAGCGGUCCCAGGAGGGCCUGAGCCAAGAAGAGCAGCAGAAGAGCCAGAGCUUCACGCAGAGCCUCGUCACCAAGAUUGUCGACAAUCUGCAGAUUUCCGUCAAGAACAUCCACAUCCGCUACGAAGACUCCAUUUCCGCGCCGGGCCACCCGUUCGCCCUCGGCGUCACCCUCGAGGAGUUCAGCGCCGUCAGCACCGACGAGGGCUGGCGUCCGGCCUUUAUCCAGGCCGUCCUCAAGUCGACCAACAAGCUCGUCACACUCGGCGCGCUCGCCGUCUACUGGAACACCGACACAAAACUCCUUGGCUCCGGCCGCGAGGCCCCCGUCGAAGGCGCCGACAACGCGUCCCAUGACGAGAUCCUACGGCGGUUCAAGGCGAUGAUUGCCACGACAGACGCCGACACGGCCGAAGAAGCAGACACGAUUGUCGAGGAGGACGGCGGCGAUGGCGGGUCCGACGAGAAGACGGCCCAGAAGGUCUCCCCGCGCGACCAUCAAGGCCACCAGUUUAUCCUGCGCCCCGUCAGCGGCCAGGCCAAGGUCGAAAUGGACAAGACGGGCAACAUUAACGCGCCCAAGUUCAAGGCCAACCUCAUCUUUGACGAGAUCGGUGUGGUCCUCGACGACCAGCAGUACCGCGAUGCCCUGAUGAUGAUCGACCUCUUUCACUACUUUAUCCGCCACCAGGAGUACAAGAAAUACCAGCCCAAGGACGUCCGGCCAAAGGACGACCCGCGCGCGUGGCUCAAGUUUGCCGGCGACGCCGUCCUCAGCAAAAUCCACGAGCGCAACCGCCGCUGGACCUGGGACUACUUCCGCGAGCGCCGUGACGACCGCCGACGCUACAUUGAGCUCUUCAAGAAGAAGAAGCAGAACCAGACGCUGACGCCUGAAGAGUCUGACGACCUUACCAAACUGGAGUGGAAGCUCGGCUACGAAGAUUUGCGCUUCUGGCGGUCGUUGGCGCGCAGCCAGCUCAAAAAGGAGAACGCAGCCGCCCUCAAGCCAAAGGCCGAUGCACAGAAGCCACAGCAGCAGCAGGGCUGGGUGGCAUGGGUCUGGGGCUCCAAGCCUGCCGAGCCGCCGGCCGACGAGUCCGAGAAUACACAGAUGACCGAGCAGCAGCGCCAAGAACUGUACGACGCCAUCGACUGGGACGAGAAGACCGCGCUGGCUGCCGAGGUCGACGUGCCGCGAGACUCCAUCAAGCUGCAGAUUGAGACGUCGCUGAGUACCGGCAGCUUCACUCUCAAGCAGAAUCCGCACGGCAGCGCCAUCACCGACUUGCUCAGUCUGCACUUUGAUGGCUUCCGCGCCAAGGCCAUCCAGCGGCCCGACUCGAUGAUGCUCGACAUCAGCCUCGGCGGCCUCCGCGUCAACGACGGAACGACUCCCGAGAGCCUGUUUACCGAGAUCGUCCGCGUCAAGGACGCCCCCGGUACUGUGGUGACGACUAGAAAGAAGAAACGCCUGUCCAUCAGCGAGCUCGAGCAGACGACGGCCGACACCAGCGACGAGCAAGCAUUCUUCUGGUUCCAGGUCGAGCAGAACCCCCUGGACGGCGAGGGCGACAUUGCUGUGCGCGGCAAGCUCAAGCCGCUCGAGAUCGUCUGGAAUCCCAACUUUGUCAUUGGCGUCUGGCACUUCUUCAAGCCCCCCGAGCGCCACAUGGAGUCCAUCACGGCACUGAUGGAGUCGGCCGGUGCGACUGUCGAAGGCCUGCGCGAGCAGACGCGGGCCGGUCUGGAGUUUGCCCUCGAAGAGCACAAGACCAUCAAUGCCAAACUCGACCUCCAGGCCCCGCUCAUCAUUGUCCCCCAGAGCAUCACCACCCGCAAGUCCACCUGCCUCAUCCUCGAUGCCGGUCACAUUAGCGUCAGCAGUGAACUGGUCGACAAGGAUACCAUGAAAGACGUACAGUCCAAGGAGAGGGGUGCCUACACGGCGGCCGACUUCCAGCGUCUCGAGUCGCUCAUGUACGACCGGUUCACCGUGAAGUUGACGUCCACCCAAGUCCUCAUCGGCCCGUCCAUAGAAGAGACAAAGGCGCAGCUGGCGGACAAGGACGAGGAGCUGCGCAUGCACGUCGUCGAAAAAAUCAACGUCGACUUUAUCGUUGCCGUAUCCAUCCUGCCCAGGGCGCCCAAUCUGACGCGGGUGAAGGUGUCGGGACACAUGCCGAUGCUCCACGCGGCUGUAUCGGACACCAAAUACAAGAGCCUCAUGCGCAUCAUCGACGUCGCCAUUCCCCGGUUUGACGACGAAGCGGAAGGCGCUGCUGCACUGCCUGGCACAGGCAUCGAUGGCGCCCAAGACACGAGGCCAACCAAGAAGGGCCGGCCCCGUUUGUUGAGCUCGGCGUCUAGCGCAUCGAACAAACGGAGCAGCCAGCGCCCUACGUCGCAGCUCCUGUCGCUGACCAUCCCGGAAGAGACAGCCAUUGUCCUCGACGACGACAAUGACGACGACGACGACGACAGCUUCCAAGACGCCGACAGCGGCUCUGCUACCGAACAGCGUCGCAUGCAGCAAAAGACGUUCCAGUUUACCUUUGCGGUCGACGAACUGCGUGGUUCGCUCUACCGAAGCGACCCGGACGGCGUCAAGCCCGAUACCCUGCUCGUGGAACUCGUGGCCCACCGGUUCGAUCUCGAUUUCUACCUGCGGCCGUAUGACAUGGUCGCCGAGGUGUCUCUGGGGUCCGUGACGGUCGACGACUUUGUCUCCAACCCGUCUGCCGAGUUCAAAUCCAUCGUCUCGUCGGGCGACGUCGAGGACCGCGAACAGCAGCGCGCCCUGGUGCACGUCAAGUUUGUGCGCGUCAAGAAGGAGUCGCCCGAGUUCAUGCCCGUCUACGAAGGUAUCGAGACGAAUGUCAAUGUCGCCAUCUCCACGAUCAACUUGAUUGUCACGCGCAAGACGUUGCUGACGCUGCUCGACUUUGUCCUCAUCACGUUUACAAACGGUGGUGCCCCAGACGACAGUACCCCGGUCAGCAACGCCGAUGCCGACGCCGACGCCGAUGCCGACGCCGACGCCGAUGCCGACCGUAGUCUUCUCCCCGCCGACGAGACAGAAGGAGACUCUGACAAGACGCCCGGCUCCCCAACAGGGUCGCAGGCGGAAGCUGGCGCCGCCGGCGGGGGUGGCGGUGCCAUCCGUGUCAAAGUGGACCUCAAGAGCAUUCGGCUCAUCCUCAACAACGACGGCAUCCGACUGGCCACCUUGGCAUUCAACCACGCCGACGUCGGCGUUUUCCUCCUCGACGGGACAAUGCGCAUCUCGUCACGGCUGGGAAACCUCAGCCUGCGGGACGACGUCAACCUGGGUGUGCCCGAGGACUCGCCCCUUCGCCAGCUCAUCACGAUCCAAGGCGACGACCUUGCUGAUUUCCGCUACGAGACGUUUGAUGUGAAGAACAAGAAAACGUAUCCCGGCUACGACUCGUCCAUCUUCCUGCGGGCUGGGUCCAUCAAGGUCAACUUUUUGGAGGAGCCCUUCCGCAAGAUCAUUGCCUUCCUGGUCAAGUUUGGCAAGAUGCAGGCCAUCUACAACGCCGCCCGCCAGGCCGCCGCGCACCAGGCCACGCAGCUGCAGCAGAGCAACAACCGCAUCCAGUUCGACGUGGUCGUGAACACGCCCAUUGUCGUCUUCCCACGCGUUGUUCUGCCCGGCCGGCCCAAGCGUGACCUGCUGACCGCCUACCUGGGCGAGAUCUACGCACAAAACAAGUUCGCGCCGCUCGACGAUUCCGAGCACGCCGAGGUCGCCAUGAAGAUGUCUGCGGGUAUCCGCAACAUUCGGCUGACGUCCCUCCUGCACUACCCGGACGAACGGUCCGAAGAGCUGGAGCUCAUUGACCAUGUCGACGUGGCGUUCCAAGUCACCCACGCCGACCACAAGCCCCAUUUGAAACGGCCCGAUACCGAGGUUGUCGGCCACAUGACCGAUUUCAACCUGCGCCUGACGCAAUACCAGAUGCAGUUCCUCCUGGAAAUCAGCAAGGCGGUGCCGGCGGCCUUUGUGCCCGACGAGGACGACCAGCAGCGCGUGAACGAAGAAGUCGAAAACGAACUCGAUGACCGGGAUCGGAAGCGCGCACAAGCAAUCCAACAGGCCCACGCCUCCCAGGCCCCCGGCACAGACAGCGACGGGCAGCUCAUUGACCUUGGCCCCGAGCUGGGUUCGCACUCGGACACGUGGACGAAGCUGGACCUCGUCUUCAAGAUCAAGACCAUCGGCCUCGAGCUGAUCAAUGCGCACGAGGACCGUCCCGUCGACAACAUGGAGAGCGCCAGCCUGUCCCGCUUCUCGCUCGACGAUAGCAAGCUCAAGCUGCGGAUGCAGGCCAACGGCUCGCUCGAGGCGGAGUUUGUCAUUGACUCGUUUACCAUCCAUGACAGCCGCCCGGGGGAGACGAACAAGUAUCGCCGGAUCAUGUCCUCGUCGAACAAAAAGGUGCAGCAGUUCAUGGCCAGCAUCACCAUGACCGGCGGCAACGAGCGCAGCAUCAUUGCCAUUGUCGCCGUCGACAGCCCCCGCGUCAUCUUCGCGCUCGACUACCUCUUUGCCAUUCAGCAGUUUGUGUCCGUCGGCAUGCGCGUGGAAGAGCCCCCGGCCGCGGCCAUUGACGAGCUGCCCAGCCCAGCAGAUACGCCCGAGGAGUCGGACGUGGACUCCAUGCGGGUCACGUUUACUGGCCAGUCGGGCCAGCCGCAGGGCAGCCGCGAAUCGAGAACCGAGCGCAGCCGGUCACAACGGCGGCCGUCUGGUCCGUCCCGGUUGGGCAGUGGGAACCCCACGACGGGCGAGCAAGAGCUGCCGGGCGAAGCAGACGAACCGGACGAGCCGGAAUCGGUGCCCGCACAGAGGACUACCGUUGCCUUUCGCGUUAAUGUGGUGGAUGCCCAGGUCAUCCUCAUCGCCAACCCGCUCAGCACCUCGUCCGAGGCCAUUGUCCUGGGCACAAAGCAGGUGCUCUUGUCGCAGCAGCAUGCCUUGACCUUCCAAGUGUCGGAAGUGGGCAUGUUUCUGUGCCGCAUGGACCGCUUCGAGGACUCGCGUCUCCGCAUCAUUGAUGACUUUUCGGUUCUGCUCUCCCUGGACAGCUCCAAGCCCGACCUGACCAACCUCAGCAUUGACAUUGAGCCCCUCGUGCUCCGCCUGUCUUUGCGCGACAUCCUGCUCGUCCUGCAAAUCAUCAGCAGAGCGUCCGAGCUCUCUGGGAACGACGACGUGCAGAAGCACAAGCCAACAGCCGCCGAGCAAAAGGCCAAGAAACUGCGCCAAGAAGGCAUCCAGCAGCGCACAGCCAGCGGCCGCGGUCCGUCGACCGCUGCCGCGGGCGCAGCAGCCUCGACACGCGCUGCUCUUACCAACAUCUCACGGCGGAGCCGGGCCCUCAGUGGCGGCGUCGCUCUGCAGCAGCCCAAGGACCGGCGCACGUCGGCUUCCGGGCAGCACGACGGCGGGGCGGACAGCCCAGCGGACGCCGUGGUCCGGCACGAGGCGCUUCACGCGACCAUUGACGGCAUCCGCGUCGUGCUGAUUGGCGACCUCCACGAACUGCCGAUCCUCGACCUCGGCAUCAAGAAGUUUACCGUGGUGGCCGAGGACUGGUCGACGAACCUGCGGGCCGACACAAUGAUUGGCCUCUACACAAACGUCUACAACUUUGCCAAGUCGGCCUGGGAGCCGCUGGUGGAGCCGUGGGAGGUGUCGAUUGGCGUCGGCCGCGAGAAGGACACCGGCGUCUUCUCCUUUGACGUCGCCUCCCAGAAGACCUUUGACAUUACCAUCACCUCGUCGUCGAUUGCCCUCGCAUCCAAGUCUGCUGCGUUUUUGAUGCAGACACCACAGGACGUCCUCGGCAAAGCGCGAGGCACCGAGGCGCCGUACCGCAUUCGCAACUACACCGGGUUCGGCAUCGUCGUCAGCUCGCGGAGCACCCUGUCCAACGAAGACAUUACGGUGCGCCUCGACGACGGCGACGAGGCACCCUGGAGCUUCGAGCAGUGGGAGAAGAUGCGCGAGAACCUCAUCGUCGAGUCCCAGUCGCAGAACGUGCAGGUCCUGCUGGAGAGCUCCGGCUUCGACCCGGUCAAGAGCAUCCGCCUCAACCGCGAGGGCCAGUUCAUCUUUGGCCUGCGCCCCAAGAGCAACCAGGUCCUGCACCGCCUGCUGGUCGACGUCAAGCUGGGCGAGGACAAUGUCAAGUACGUGACGUUCCGCAGUCCGCUGGUGGUCGAGAACGAGACGCAGCUGCCCGUCGAAAUCGGCGUCUACGAUGCGCGCGAAGGCCACCUCCUCAAGAUUGAAAAAAUCGCACCAGGCGAGGCGCGCCCCGCUCCCGUCGGCGCCGUCUAUCUCAAGAGCCUGGUCGUGCGCCCCGACUCGGGCUUUGGCUUCGACUGGUCGACGGACACGCUGUGGUGGCGCGACCUGCUCAAGCGGCCGACGCGCACGAUGGUCUGCAAGGGCGAGAGCGGCGACUCGUUCUUCUUCCAGGUCAAUGCCAACUUCGACCGCGGCAACCCGCUUGUCCAAAACUACCCGUACAUGCGCAUCAAGCUGUCGGCGCCCGUCGUCCUCGAGAACCUCCUGCCCUACGAUUUCAAGUACCGCAUCUACGACAAAAACACCAAGCGCGACUGGACCAACUUUUUGCGCAAGGGCGGCGUCAGCCCGGUCCACGUCACGGAGCUGUCGCAUCUGCUCCUUCUGAGCGUCGACAUGCAGGACACGGUGUUCAAGCCAAGCGAGUUUGCCAUCAUCAACGGGGGCACCGCGGAGGAUUUCCACAAGGAGAAGACGCUCGUCUGCAAAGACGAUGCCGGCCUGGUCCUGAACCUGUGCCUGCACUACUACCGUAUUCCCGACGCCGGCGGCGCGUUCAAGGUCACCGUCUACAGCCCGUACGUCAUCCUCAACAAGACGGCGCUCGAGAUGGACGUGCGGUCCAAGGGCUUCAUGCAGCCGGCGCGGUCCGCCGCGGGCCAGAUGCUCAUCGAGCCACCGCACGGCAGCAACGACCAUGCACGCGCCCUGCCCUUCAUGUUCUCGUAUGCCACCGAAGACAACCGCAACCGUGCGCUGCUUCGUGUCGGCGAUUCGGAGUGGAGCAAGCCGCAGAGCUUCGACGCCAUCGGCAGCUCGGCCGAGGUGGUGCUGCAGUCGGCGCGGACGCGCGGCACCGAGAUCCACAUUGGCAUCAACGUCGAGCCCGGCGAGGGCAAGUACAAGAUGACCAAGAUUGUUACGCUGUCGCCGCGGUUCGUCAUCCAGAACAACCUCGACGAGGCCCUCAACAUCCGCGAGCCCAGUUCGUCCCAUGUGCUGCCCAUCAAGGCGGGCGCGCUGCAGCCGCUGCACUUCCUCCAAAAGAGCGCGGUGAAGCAGCUCUGCCUCUCGUACCCCGACGUCAACAGCCAGUGGUCGUCGCCGUUCAACAUUUCGGACCUCGGCACGGCCUACAUCAAGCUCGCCAAGCCGGGCCAGCGCCAGAAGCUGGUGCGGACGGAGAUUCUCAUGGAGGGCGCGACCAUCUUCCUGAACCUCAGCAUGGAGACGCGCAACUGGCCGUUCUCGAUGCGCAACGAGAGCGACACCGAGUUCACGUUCUACCAGGCCAACCCCAACGUCGACGAGGACGGCGUGGAGGACCUGUCGGGCUGGCGGCCCAUCCGGUACCGCCUGCCGCCCCGCAGCAUCAUGCCGUACGCCUGGGACUUCCCGGCCGCCAAGGCGCGCGAGAUUGUCAUCAAUGCCUUUGGCAAAGAACGGCACGUCAAGUUGGCCGAGAUUGGCAACCAGCUGCCUAUGAAGUUUGUGGCGGCCAGCGGCCAGGCCAAGAUCAUCGACAUCAACGUGACGGCCGACGGGCCGACCCAGACAAUGCUGCUGUCCAACUUUAAGCAGUCCCGGAGUCUGUACCGCCAACGCAGCCACGUCACGUCGUCGUCUGCCAGCCUGGCACGAAGCAAUACGGGCGGCGGCGGCGCUGACGGCGACCGCAGCCGAACGAGCUUUGAGGCCAAGGAGCAGGACCAGGGCGUCACAUUCCGUGCGCAGCUGCGCCUGGCCGGCAUUGGCGUGUCGCUCAUCAACGCGCACCUCAAGGAGCUGGCGUACAUUACGCUCCGCGAGCUGCAGCUGCGGUACACGGACUCGGUGCAGUACCAGACGGUGAGCAUGGCCAUCAAGUGGAUCCAGAUCGACAACCAGCUCUACGGCGGCAUCUUCCCCAUGAUCCUGUACCCCAGCGUGGUGCCCAAGCGUGCGCAGGAGAUUGAGGCACACCCGUCGCUGCACGUCAUGGUGACGCGCGUCAAGGACGACUCGUACGGCGUCGAGUACAUCAAGUACGCGACGAUUCUGCUGCAGGAGAUGACGCUGGACUUGGACGAAGACUUUGUGUUUGCGGUGCUGGACUUCUCCAAGGCGCCCGGGGCGUCGUGGGACGCCGAGGAUGUCGACGGGCAGCUGUGCGAUGAGAGCCUGGGCAUCCCGGAGCCCAAGGCGCAGCAGUCGGGCCGCGACAUGUACUUUGAGAUGCUCAACAUCCAGCCCAUGCAGCUCGACAUUUCGUUUGUGCGCACGGAGCGCGUCAACGUGCAGGACAAGACGUCGUCGCGCAACCCGCUCAUGUUCUUCUUCAACAUCAUCACCAUGGCCAUUGGCAACGUCAACGACGCGCCGCUGCGGCUCAACGCGCUCCUGCUCGAAAACGUGCGCGUGUCGAUCCCCGUGCUGACGCAGAACGUGUCCAACCACUACAGCCAGGAGGCGCUGUACCAGAUCCACAAGAUCCUGGGCUCGGCGGACUUUUUGGGCAACCCGGUGGGCCUGUUCAACAACAUCUCGUCGGGCAUCACGGACAUCUUUUACGAGCCGUACCAGGGCCUGAUCAUGUCGGACCGGCCUGAGGACCUGGGCAUGGGCCUGGCGCGGGGCGCCACGUCGUUUAUGAAGAAGUCGGUGUACGGCUUCAGCGACUCGGUGUCCAAGUUCACGGGCGCCAUGUCCAAGGGCCUCGCGGCGGCCACGCUCGACAAGCAGUUCCAGGACCGGCGGCGGAUCACGCGGGCGCGCAACCGGCCCAAGCACGCGCUCUACGGCGUCACAGCGGGCGCCAACUCGUUUAUCACGUCGGUGGCGUCGGGCGUCGGCGGCCUGGCGCGCAAGCCGCUGGAGGGCGCGGAGCAGGAGGGCGCGCUGGGCUUCUUCAAGGGCAUCGGCAAGGGCGUGAUUGGCGUGGCCACCAAGCCCGUGAUUGGCGUGCUGGACCUGGCCAGCAACGUGUCCGAGGGCAUCCGCAACACGACGACCGUCUUUGACGGGUCGGAGCUGGACCGCGUGCGGCUGACGCGGUUUGUGCCGGCCGACGGCAUUGUGCGCCCCUACAGCCAGCGCGAGGCGCUCGGCCAGUUCUGGCUCAAGCAGGUCGACGACGGCAAGUACUUUGACGAGGUGUACAUUGGCCACCUGGAGCUGCCGCUCGAGGACAUGGUGGCCAUGGUGACGUACGCGCGCAUCCUGCUGAUCCGGUCGCGCCAGCUGACGACCAAGUGGGACGUGCCGCUGCGCGACAUCCAGGGCAUCGCCAAGGAGCGCACGGGUCUCAGCAUCACGCUGCGCGGCAACAUGAACGGGCCGUUUAUCCCGAUGGCCGAGGAAAGCGGCCGGGCGUUUUUGUACCGGAUGGUGGCCGUGGCCGUGGAGGAGUUUAACCGGCGGUCGCGUGGAGAGUAG